AUGUUAAACGAAACACUUUCAGAUCUCAAUAGGGUUCUUGAAAAAGAACCCGAUAAUGCCGAUGCGUUGGAGAUGCGUGGAGCAAUCUACGGAAUGUUGAAUAAAUAUAAUGAAUCACUUUCCGAUCUUAAUAGAUCUCUAAAAAUAGAACCAAAUAACGCCAAAGCAUUAAGAAUUCGUGGAAAAAUUUACGGAAUGUUGAAUAAAUAUAACGAAUCAAUUUCAGAUCUCAGUAAAUCACUAGAAAUAGAACCAAAUAAUGCCGACGCAUUGACGAGUCGUGGAGUAGCCUACUUAAUAUUGAAUAAAAAUAACGAAUCUCUUUCAGAUCUCAAUAAAUCGCUGGAAAUAGAACCAAAUAACGUCAAAGCAUUAAAAACCCGUGGAGACAUUUACCGAAUAUUGCAUAUGUUUAACGAAGCACUUUCGGAUCUCAAUAAAUUACUAGAAAUAGAACCAGAUAAUGCCGAAGUAUUGAGGAAUCGUGGAGUAAUAUACGGAGUGUUGAAAAAAUACAACGAAUCCCUUUCAGAUCUCAAUAAAUCACUAGAAAUUGAACCAAAUAAUGCUGACGCGUUAACGACUCGUGGAAAAGCUUACCAAAUGUUGAAUAAAUUUAACGAAUCACUCUCAGAUCUCAAUAAAUCACUAGAAAUAAAACCAAUUGAUGCUGACGCACUAAGGUUUCGUGGAGCAAUCUACGGAACGUUGUAUAAAUACGAAGAAUCGCUUUCAGAUCUAAAUAGAUCCCUAGAAAUAGAACCAAAUAAUGCUUUUGCAUUGAGAAUUCGUGGGGAAAUUUACACGAAGUUGAAUAAUUGUAACAAAUCACUUCCUGAUCUCAAUAGAUCACUUGAAUUAGAACCAAAUAAUGUCGAAGCCUUGAUUAGCCGUGGAGUAACCUACGCAAUAUUGAAUAAAAAUAACGAAUCACUUUCAGAUCUAAAUAAAUCAUUAGAAAUAGAACCAAAUAAUGUCAAAGCAUUGGGUUUUCGUGAAUCAGCUUACAGAAUGAUGGGUAAAUAUAAUAAGGCACUCUUAGAUCUUAAUAAAUUACUAAAAAUAGAACCAAAUAAUGCCGACGCAUUGAGGGCUCGUGGAUUAACUUAUAAUAUGUUGAAUAAAUACAAUAAAUCACUUUCGGAUCUCAAUAGAUCUCUAGAAAUAAAACCAAAUAAUGCUGAAGCAUUGGUGAUCCGUGGAGGAAUUUACCUAAAGUUGAAUAAAUAUGAUGAAUCACUUUCAGACCUCAAUAGAUCACUAGAAAUAGAACCAAAUGACGUCAAUGCAUUGGGGAUUCGUGGAGCAUUAUACAUGAUGUUGGGUAAACAUAAUGAAUCCCUUUCAGAUCUAAAUAGAUUACUAAAAAAAGAUCCAAAUAAUGUUGACGCAUUGAAAAUUCGUGGAGAAAUUUACAGAAUGUUGAAUAAGUAUAACGAAUCACUUUCAGACCUAAAUAAAUUACUCAAAGUUGAACCAAAUAAUGUCGAAGCAUUAAGGACUCGUGGAGAAAUUUACAUUAUGUUGAAUAAAUAUAAAGAAUCACUUUCAGAUCUAAAUAAAUUGCUAAAAAUAGAACCAAAUAAUGCUGACGCAUUGAGAAUUCGUGGAACAACCUACGGGAUGUUGAAUAAACAUAAAGAAUCACUCUCAGAUCUCAAUAGAUCAUUAGAAAUAAAACCUAAUGAUGCCGACGCAUUGAGGGUUCGUGGAAAAACUUAUAGAAUGUUGGAUAAAUAUAAAAAAUCACUUUCAGAUCUUAACAAAUCAUUGGAAAUAGUACCAAAUAAUGCUUUUGCAUUAAGGGUUCGUGGAGAAACUUACAGGAUGUUGGAUAAAUAUAACGAAUCUCUUUCGGAUCUAAAUAAAUCACUAAAAAUAGAACCAAAUAAUGCUGACGCAUUGUGGAGUCGUGGAUUAACUUUCUUAAUGUUGAAUAAAUAUAACGAAUCACUUUCGGAUCUCAAUCAAUUACUAGAAAUAGAACCAAAUAAUGCUGACGCAUUGAGGAUCCGUGGAGAAGUUUACAUUAUGUUGAAUAAGUAUAACGAAUCACUUUCAGAUCUAAAUAAAUUACUCAAGAUAAAACCAGAUGAUGUCAAGGCAUUAAAGGCUCGUGGAGAAAUUUACAUGAUGUUGAAUAAAUAUAAAGAAUCCCUUUUAGAUCUAAAUAAAUUUCUAGGAAUCGAACCAAAUAAUGCUGAUGCAUUGAGAAUUCGCGGAACAACCUACGGAAUGUUGAAUAAAUAUAAAGAAUCCCUUUCAGAUCUCGAUAAAUCACUAAAAAUAAAACCGGAUAAUGCUGACGCAUUGAGAAUUCGUGGGAACAUUUACAUAAUAUUGAAUAAAUAUAAUGAAUCACUUUCAGAUCUCAAUAAAUCACUAAAAAUAGAACCAAAUAAUGCCGAAACAUUGAAGAUUCGUGGAGAAAAUUACUUAAGAUCAAAUGAUUACAAUAAAUCACUUUUGGAUCUUAAUAAAUCCCUAGAAAUAGAACCAAACAAUGCCGAUACAUUGAGAAUUCGUGGAAUAACCUACAAAAU